AUGUCGAUAAGCCGACAAGCCAUGUUGACUUACCGACACGCCAUGUUGACACGCCGACAAGCCAUGUUGACACGCCAACACGCCAUGUUGACUUACCGACACGCCAUGUUGACACGCCGACACGCCAUGAUGACACGCCGACAGGAAUUGGCACAUUGUGGUUCUUACGGCGUGUACCAAGAUCCGUCUUUGGGGGCUUCCAUCAUUGUUCGGAACAACGACGAGGGACAAUUUCACUUGUCCGGAACAUUUACCUACAACACCUCCCACUACGAACUCGAACCAUUAACCAAUCAACUUCGAAAUACUCAUGCUUCGAACCUCGAAGGGGCUCCACACAGGGUCAAGCGGCAGGAGGCGCCCAGGGGUAAUUUUAUGGGCGACGAGCUGAUUCCACCUGGUGAGAUGUCUGGUCUUAACAAAGAGGAGAGUCCCCCCUACCCUGGGUUGUAUGAAAGAAAGAAAAAUGAUACGCCGCUUAUACGUUUGCAGAUGGAGAAACCUGACCCUCGACUGAUUAUCACAACGACUAGUGGUUAUACAGACAGUGACAUUCUCUACCAAGGUCGAAAGAAGCGUCAGUCUGAAACGUUGUACGUGGAAUAUAUGGUUGUUAUUGACUACAAAAACUUGGAAAGGUGGAAGUCCAGGGUGGGCGGCGAUACUGACCAGCAGAGGGUGGACAAUGCGUUUGAGGCCAUGCACGAGUUCUACCUGUUUGUUGUUAAUGGGAUGGACAUUAGGUUCCAGACAGCAACUGGUUCAGAUGGUCCACCGCUCAGGGUGUCACUGGCCUCCCUCCUUGUUUCCACGGAGGAGGCGACAUCACCAUGGUUACACAACAACAUGCUUAGCGACAAUACUGUAGACGACGCCGGUGUGCUCCUAGAUUUCGCCAUGUGGAAGAGCUCCGUUAACCAGUAUCUACCUGGUCACGAUCAUGCGGGGCUUUUUACGGGAUUUGAUAUUUCCACGUCGACCUCGACCAAUCCAAUAGGUAUGGGUUAUCUCAACUCGAUUUGCCACGAGUCCUGGGCUGUGUCAGAGAUAGAGGAGACAUACAAUGCCAUUUCUAUCCACAUUGCCGCUCACGAACUUGGCCACAACAUAGGCACGCGUCACGAUGGCAGCGGAAACUCAUGUGCGAGCUCCUCCCUGUACCUGAUGGCGCCCCGCCUACCGAUCAUCACAAACUCCGCCCUUAGGACCAACCCCUGGACCUUCUCACAGUGUUCUCAAUCCUCCAUCAAGACCUUCAUAGCGGGCCUCGGCAGUGACAGUUGCCUGACCAACCUGCCUGAAGUGUCCAGUUUAACCGACCAGAUGCCGGGCCUCAUAUACUCAGCCGACCAGCAGUGUAACAUGACCUAUGGCAACGACGCCGUUGUCUGCAGGGAGUCCCUGUACAGUGAUUGGGAUUCAGUGUGCUACGCCAUGAAGUGCAGUGUCGAGGGACAGUCGUCCUGUUUGGGCCAGUUCUUCCCAUUUGAUGGAACAGUGUGCGGGGACAAGAUGUGGUGUCUGUCAGGGUCGUGUGUUUAUUCAGAGGACGCUCCUUCGCUCGAUGGAACUUGCAUCUUUGGUGACGAUCCUUCCGUUGACUGUGCAGCUGCAAACGCCUGUGAUGAGAGCGACUUCUUCAGCAGUAAAGUACGUUGCUGUGGCACUUGCAACGCAUUAGGUGUCACAUCUACAACUUCACAAUUUACAUCGUCAAACACCCCAACGGCUACUACACAGUCAACAACUAGACAUACAACGUUGACAGAUUCUACAGUAACAACUACUGUUUCGACACAAACAACAUCUGAAAAGGUUACCCCAGUAACCAGCACUACAACAUUUCCACAAAGCACGACUACAGGCACGCAAAACACUGCAACGUCUUCAAACAGUCCAGCCAAGCAGUCAACUCCUUCUACGACCACUCUAUCAACUACUACUCCUAUUUCAUCCACCGAAGAUUCUACAUCUCAGACAAGGACUUCAACAGAGUCCACAUCUCAAACAAGGGCUUCUACGGAAUCCAGUUCCCCUUCUAUGUCUACAAAAACUAUACGGAGUACUGCCGAGUUCUCCAGUACUGCCGAGUUCUCCAGUGCUGCCGAGUUCUCCAGUGCUGCCGAGUUCUCCAGUGCUGCCGAGUUCUCCAGUGCUGCCGAGUUCUCCAGUGCUGCCGAGUUCUCCAGUGCUGCCGAGUUCUCCAGUGCUGGCGAGUUCUCCAGUGCUGCCGAGUUCUCCAGUGCUGGCGAGUUCUCCAGUGCUGCCGAGUUCUCCAGUGCUGGCGAGUUCUCCAGUGCUGCCGAGUUCUCCAGUGCUGCCGAGUUCUCCAGUGCUGGCGAGUUCUCCAGUGCUGCCGAGUUCUCCAGUGCUGCCGAGUUCUCCAGUGCUGCCGAGUUCUCCAGUGCUGGCGAGUUCUCCAGUGCUGCCGAGUUCUCCAGUGCUGCCGAGUUCUCCAGUGCUGCCGAGUUCUCCAGUGCUGCCGAGUUCUCCAGUGCUGCCGAGUUCUCCAGUGCUGCCGAGUUCUCCAGUGCUGCCGAGUUCUCCAGUGCUGCCGAGUUCUCCAGUGCUGCCGAGUUCUCCAGUGCUGCCGAGUUCUCCAGUGCUGCCGAGUUCUCCAGUGCUGCCGAGUUCUCCAGUGCUGCCGAGUUCUCCAGUGCUGCCGAGUUCUCCAGUGCUGCCGAGUUCUCCAGUGCUGCCGAGUUCUCCAGUGCUGCCGAGUUCUCCAGUGCUGCCGAGUUCUCCAAGUUCUCCAGUGCUGCCGAGUUCUCCAGUGCUGCCGAGUUCUCCAGUGCUGCCGAGUUCUCCAGUGCUGCCGAGUUCUCCAGUGCUGCCGAGUUCUCCAGUGCUGCCGAGUUCUCCAGUGCUGCCGAGUUCUCCAGUGCUGCCGAGUUCUCCAGUGCUGCCGAGUUCUCCAGUGCUGCCGAGUUCUCCAGUGCUGCCGAGUUCUCCAGUGCUGCCGAGUUCUCCAGUGCUGCCGAGUUCUCCAGUGCUGCCGAGUUCUCCAGUGCUGCCGAGUUCUCCAGUGCUGCCGAGUUCUCCAGUGCUGCCGAGUUCUCCAGUGCUGCCGAGUUCUCCAGUGCUGCCGAGUUCUCCAGUGCUGCCGAGUUCUCCAGUGCUGCCGAGUUCUCCAGUGCUGCCGAGUUCUCCAGUGCUGCCGAGUUCUCCAGUACUGCCGAGUUCUCCAGUACUGCCGAGCGUCAGGCGGAGGCUGAACCACUGAACUUUCGGGAAGGUUAUGCAGUACAUUGUCGUCAUUUAUAA